AUGGACGGGCACAUUAAGGACAUAUGCUGCAAAGGUCCAGUUAGUAGAAAUCAAUCUCUGGACGUCAGUCAAAUCAGCGUCUACUUUUACGACUUCCAACGGGACAGAAGUAAAUCUUUUCCUAUAGAUAAAGCUGCUAAAGGCAUUCUCUCUUAUGAUAAACUUGACAAAAACAAGAAGUUCUACAUGUUUGUCAGUGGAUUCGCAACGUACAUCAACCACACAAAUGCAAACUUAGUAAGAAAAACAUUUGAAAAUGUCCCUAAUAGUUACUUAAUUCUCAUAGACCAUUCAGCUUACACAAAUGAUGCUGACGGCCCAAAAAAGAGUUACGAAAGAUCCGUUCAAUACGUCUAUUCUAUUGGACUAAAAUUGGCCCAAAUGUUGGCUGAACUGAACCAAGGAGGAAUUAAUGCUAAACGUUUCCACGCUAUUGGCCAUAGUCUGGGUAGCCAAAUGUUGGGCUAUGUUGGGACCAAAUUCAUGAACGCUACUGGUAGUAAAAUUGCUAGGAUAACAGCCUUAGAUCCAGCUGGUCCUUGUUUUGCAAAGAGCUUCAGAGAGGAGCAGAUCAGAGCUGGUGUAGCGGACUAUGUGGAAGUAUAUCAUUGUGACGAUGGUGGGUUGGGUACGUCCAGUGUGCUAGGUGAUACAGAUUUCUAUAUGAACACAGGUAGUGCUCAACCACAAUGCAGUUUUCCCAGUACAAAUAAAUGCAGUCAUAAAGCUUGUGUGUCCAUGUGGAUGGCAUCAGUAGACCAUCGGUUCCUGGCCAGACAGUGUGACAAAUUUAAAUCGUUCAAACAAUGGAAGUGCUCCAAUAAUAUCACUACCACUGCUGGCUUCUGGAAUCCUGGUACAGCCAAAGGAAUAUAUUACUUCUCGACAAAAGGAUACAAAUUAGAUGUACUGUAG